ACCACCAAGAGUUUCAUUUAUCUCAUCAAACCAAAAGAAACAAAAACACGAUCCGGUCAGCGAAGAGACUAAAUUCGCCGGCGGAGAUCGUCCGGUACCGAAGAAAAUACGAAUAUUUUUUGUCUCUCUCCUCUUCUCCACACCAAAAGCCCUAGAUCAAUGGCUGUUCAUAAGGCAUCGAUUAUUAUUAUUAUUAUUAUUGCCCUAAUAUGCUCUUUCAUUACAAUCGCUUCGUCUGUUCCUUUCAUAGUUCUUCAUGGGAUUGGGGAUAAAUGCAGUAACUCAGGAGUGAAACAUUUCACAGAGCUUUUAAGUGAUUGGUCUGGCUCUCAAGGAUACUGCUUGGAGAUUGGGAAGGGCUCAUGGGACUCAUGGACCAUGCCUCUUCUUGAUCAGACAGCUGUUGUUUGUGACAAGGUGAAAAGUAUGCCUGAGCUGAGUGAUGGUUACAGCAUCGUGGGGCUUUCUCAGGGUAACAUGAUUGGUCGAGCUCUCAUUGAGUUCUGCGAUGAUGCACCACCUGUUAAGAGUUUUGUAUCGGUAGGGGGACCUCAUGCUGGCACUGCUUCCAUUCCUUUCUGUGGUGUUACCUGGAUUUGCAUCAUGUUGGACAGUAUGAUCAAAACAGAGAUCUACAGCGACUAUAUGCAGGAACACUUGGCUCCUAGCGGUUUUCUCAAAAUCCCUACUGACAUUGCGGGUUACAUGGAAGGUUGUAGGUUUCUCCCAAAGUUAAACAACGAACUUCCAGUUAAAAACUCCACUUACAAAGAGAGGUUCUCAAGCUUGGAGAACCUUGUGCUUAUUAUGUUUGAGCAUGAUACAAUACUGAUACCUAAAGAGACCUCAUGGUUUGGAUAUUAUCCUGAUGGGUCUUUUAAGACCAUUCUUCCACCACAAGAGACCAAGCUGUAUACCGAGGACUGGAUCGGUUUGAGAACUUUAGACGAAGCUGGAAAGGUCAAGUUCGUUAACGUCUCUGGAAACCAUCUCCAGAUAUCUCAUGAAGACAUGAAGAAGCAUAUAGUGCCAUACCUCUCUGACAAACCAUCAACAUCAUCUAUUAUAACAAUGGCAGUUUCUGAGCUUUCUAGUGUGGGGAACCCCGUUUUGGACCUGAUUGGUCCGGAGGUGGAUCAGCUUCAGCAUGUGCUGCGUCAUGUCUCAACCUGAUUGUGUUGCUUGUUUGUUUUCUUACUAAACAUACUCGUGUCAUGUUGGGUGAAUCUGAUUGUUGUUGUUAUUAUUACAGAAAAUCUCAGGAGAUAAAAUAAACAUGAUAAGUCCACAGAUAUAUAUAUAUUAUUAUCACAACA